UAUUACUAAAGAAAACUUGGUUCAUUUCGGAGGCAGUAGCAAUGGACGAGGAUCAGACAGAAGAGGAGACUGCGUUCGUCGUUGAUGAAGUGAGCAAAAUAAUAAAAGAGUCAGUGGAAGCCACCAUAGGAGCAAAUGCCUACCAGCACAGCCGAGUAAACCAGUGGACCACCAGCGUAGUGGAGCAGUGCCUCAGUCAACUCAGCAAGCUGGGGAAGCCUUUCAAAUAUAUUGUUACCUGUAUCAUCAUGCAGAAAAAUGGAGCAGGUCUGCAAACAGCGAGCACAUGCUUCUGGGACAACUCUACUGAUGGAAGCUGUGCGGUGAGAUGGGAGAACAAGUCCAUGUACUGCAUAGUCAGUGUUUUUGGGCUGGCCAUCUGAACCAACUACAAUGCUGGACCUGUGUGUUUGAAAUGUUUGGGCUUUUGUAUAUUUUUCAGAACCAGCCUGUUAUGUUCAGACAUGCUGGCAAUAUUUGAAUGACAUCUUGUGUUUUUAUAUAAGUGCAAUUAAUUAAAAGAAUACUGUGCUGUA